CUUGGUGACGCAUUGCGGCUCGAGCAGGAUCGGUGUGUGCAUUGUGCGGGAGGCGUGUGUCCCUCUCCCAACCAAAGAGCAAGGAGCGAAAUCGACUGGACCACGCAACAGCCUUUCCGCUUCAAACAGAAUGUCGUCAAGGAAUGUAUUCUAGCUGGAAAUGCAAGGGAGCACCGACCAGUCGCAGUAUUUUAUUUAAAAUCUAUAGACCCAUAAUAAUCUGAAAUAUGGCUGAAGUAAAGUCGAGGUGAGUUGCGCUGUUGCUCAGACAACUUGCUUGUUGAGUGGUGCGCAACUCCACUCUCCGCCUCUCGCCAGCCAGCCUGUCGGAUGAAAAGAAAUCGGAUAGAUACCGUUCUUUUUUGUUCUUCUAUCAAUCGAUAGUCAGUAGACUGGAAUCAUGUCGAUGGGACAGGACGAAAACUCAGUCCGGGUGGCAUUGAGGAUUCGUCCUCAACUGGCCCGGGAGAAGAUCGAGGGAUGUCACAUCUGUACAUUUGUGACCCCAGGGGAGCCCCAGGUGAUGCUGGGUAAAGACAAGGCCUUUACUUACGACUAUGUGUUCGACAUGGACUCCUGUCAGGACAGCAUCUACGCUAGCUGCACUGAGAAGCUGAUCGAGGGCUGCUUCGAAGGAUACAAUGCCACCAUUUUUGCUUAUGGCCAGACGGGGUCAGGUAAGACCUACACCAUGGGUACAGGGUUUGAUGUUAAUAUCGGGGAAGAGGAGCUGGGGAUCAUACCCCGGGCGGUCAGCCACCUCUUCAGGGGCAUCGAGGAGCGCCAGCAGGCCGCUAAAGAGCAGGGACGACCCAUUCCUGAGUUUAAGAUCAACGCACAGUUCCUGGAGCUUUACAAUGAGGAGGUGCUGGAUCUGUUUGACUCUACACGGGACCUGGAAGCUCGGACGCAGAAAUCCCACAUAAAAAUCCACGAGGACGCUAAUGGAGGAAUCUACACAGUAGGGGUGACCACACGGACGGUAGCCUCCGAGGCAGAGAUGAUGCAGUGUCUGAAGCUGGGUGCUCUGUGUCGAACCACCGCCAGCACCCAGAUGAAUGUCCAGAGCUCCCGUUCUCAUGCCAUCUUCACCAUUCACCUGUGCCAAGUCAGAGUCUGUGCAUCCGACAAUAAAGACAACAACGAGACAGACAACAACGAGACAGACAACAUCGAGACUGACAACAGGAUUGCUAACGGCAACUCAGAGAUGGAAGAGUAUGAGACACUGACUGCCAAGUUUCACUUUGUGGACCUGGCCGGUUCUGAAAGGCUGAAGAGAACCGGUGCUACAGGAGACCGAGCUAAGGAGGGAAUCUCCAUCAACUGUGGACUGCUUGCUCUGGGGAAUGUAAUUAGUGCUUUGGGAGACAGGAGCAAGCGAUCCACGCACGUGCCCUACAGAGACUCCAAACUCACCCGGCUCCUACAGGACUCUCUAGGUGGAAACAGCCAAACGAUGAUGAUAGCCUGCAUCAGUCCGUCUGACCGGGACUUCAUGGAGACUCUGAACGCCUUGAAGUACGCUAACAGAGCCAGGAACAUUAAGAACAAGGUGAUGGUGAACCAGGACAAGGCCUCCCAGCAGAUCUCUGCUCUCAGGACAGAAAUCGCCAGGCUACAGAUGGAACUGAUAGAGUACAGGACCGGUAAGCGUAUGGUGGGAGAGGAUGGUAUGGAGAGCAUCAAUGACAUGGUCCAUGAAAACACCAUGCUGCAGACUGAGAACAGCAACCUGAGGAUCAGGGUCAAAGCCAUGCAGGAGACCAUUGACGCCCAGAGGGCCAGACUCACACAGUACCUCAGUGACCAGGCCAACCAGGUCCUCGCCAGGGCAGGUGAGGGCAGUGAAGAGAUUGGGAACAUGAUCCGGAGCUAUAUCAAAGAGAUAGAGGACCUCAGGGCCAAACUCCUGGAAAGUGAGUCUAUGAAUGAAAACCUGCGUAAGAACCUGUCCCGUGCCUCCUCACGCCAGUCCUUCUACCCUGGAACCUUUUCCCCUGCCCUCCUGGCCCCCGAGAAGGAGGCCUCCGACAUCAUCGAGAUGGCCAAGAAAGAUCUGGAGAAACUCAAGAAGAAGGAGAGGAAGAAGAAGAAGAGGCUCCAGCAGCUGCUGGAAGAGAGAGAGAGGGAGGAGCUUGUAGAGGAGGAGGAUGGCAGUGUCGUCAAGGAAGAAGUCCCCGACAAUGACCAAGACCAAGGGAUGGAAAAAGAGCUGACUGAGCGGUCCAAUGACGAGCCUGAGAUGGAGGGGAGUGACCAUGAGGAUGAGGAAGAGGAGGAGGAGGAAGAGGAGGAGAUGGAUGUGGAGGAGAGCUCUGAUGAUUCAGACUCUGAGUCAGAUGAGAAAGAGAACUUCCAGGCAGACCUGGCCAACAUCACGUGUGAGAUCGCCAUCAAGCAGAAGCUGAUAGAUGAACUGGAGAACAGCCAGCGCCGUCUGCACACGCUCAAACAGCAGUACGAACAGAAACUGAUGAUGCUGCAGAGCAAGAUCAGAGACACACAGCUGGAGAGAGACCGGGUGCUGCACAACAUGGGCUCAGUGGAGACGUGCAGCGACGAUAAGGCUAAGAAGAUCAAGCAGGAGUACGAGAAGAAGCUGAGCAUCAUGAACAAGGAACUACAGAAGCUACAGUCAGCCCAGAAGGAACACGCACGCCUGCUCAAGAACCAAUCCAAGUACGAGACACAGCUGAAGAAGCUCCAACUGGACGUCACAGAGAUGAAGAAGACAAAGGUUCGUCUGAUGAAGCAGAUGAAGGAUCAGCAGGAGAAGAACAGGAUGACAGAGUCCAGGAGAAACCGAGAGAUCGCCACCCUCAAGAAGGACCAGCGCAAACAGGAGCACCAGCUGAAGCUCCUAGAAGCCCAGAAGAGACAACAGGAGCUCAUUUUGCGCAGGAAGACUGAGGAGGUGUCUGCUCUGAGGAGACAGGCCAGGCCUAUGUCUGGUAAGGUGACCAGCAGGAAGGUGAGUCUCCCAGAGCCCCUCCAAGACUCCUCCCAACGACCCCCCUCAGGACGCCUGCAGUCCUCUGGCUCCACCGCCACCAACGGAACCAGGUCCUACUACAGGCGGUCAACAGGCAUAUAUUCCACCAGAGUGGCCAGGGUGAAGUGGCAGUCUCUGGAGCGUCGUAUCUCUGAUGUCAUCAUGCAGAGGAUGACCAUAUCCAACAUGGAGUCUGAAAUGAACCGCCUACUCAAGCAACGUGAGGAGCUGACCAAGCGGAGGGAGAAGGUGACCAGAAAGAGGGACAGGCUGGCGGGGGAGGGGCCUGAGGCUGAAAAGGCGGUGCUUCCCCUCAACGAGGAAGUGGAUGCCGUGGUUGCCAACAUCGACUACAUCAACGACAGCAUCGCUGACUGCCAGGCCAACAUUAUGCAGAUGGAGGAAGCCAAGGAGGAGGUUGACACGGUGGAUAUUUCCGCAGUCAUCAGCUCCUGUACCCUAACAGAAGCCCGCUUCCUGCUGGACCACUUCAUGUCUAUGGCCAUCAACAGAGGUCUGCAGGCGGCUCAGAGGGAGUCCCAGGUGAAGGUGAUGGAGGGCAGGCUGAAGCAGACUGAGAUCACCAGCGCCACUCAGAACCAGCUGCUGUUCCACAUGCUGAAGGAGAAGGCUGAGUUUAACCCCGAACUGGACGCCCUGCUGGGGAACGCUCUGCAAGAGCUAGGUAACAUGCCAUUGGAGAACGAGGAUGACAGCAGCAGUGACGAAUCUGCCCAGAGUCCUGCAACAGAGGGACACUCCCUGGCAUCAGAUCUAAUGAAACUCUGUGGAGAGACCAAAACAAGGAGCAAGGCUCGUAGAAGAACCACCACUCAGAUGGAGUUGCUCUACGCCAAUAGUGACGCUGCCCCUGACAUGCCCAGCGGAGAUUUCUCCUCCCCCUGUCUCCCAUUGGCUGAAACACCAGAAGAGGGCAGAGAUCCUGAGACCCCCAUUGGCUCAUCAGUCAGGGACAGAGACUUUAUGGCUCAUUCUCCUGGCUUGGCCUCUAAGAUGGGCAGCAUUUCCGGCUCCAUGGCUGCCUCCUCCUCGGGGGCGGAAAAGAGAGUUCCAGAGCCCUCGCCGCUCUCUCGCAGGAAGACCUAUGACAGGGCACAAGCGGCGGCUAAGGUGAAGGAGAUCAAACAAGGGGUAAUCAACCCAGUGCCCUCUUCAAAGGGCAGUCGGUCAGCAACACUACAGUGUGUCCACGUGGCUGAGGGUCACACUAAAGCGGUGUUAUGUGUCGACUCUACUGAUGACCUCCUCUUCACCGGCUCCAAAGACCGUACGUGUAAGGUGUGGAACCUGGUAACGGGUCAGGAGAUCAUGUCCCUGGCAGGUCACCACAACAAUGUGGUGUCAGUCCGCUACAGCUCCAGCCUGGUCUUCACCGUCUCCACCUCCUACAUCAAGGUCUGGGACAUCCGAGACUCAGCCAAGUGCAUCCGCACCCUCACGUCUUCUGGUCAGGUGACUCCUGGCGAUGCCUGUGCGUCCAGCACCAACCGGACUGUCACCAUCCCGGCAGGAGAGAACCAGAUCAACCAGAUUGCCCUCAACCCCAGCGGCUCUGUCCUGUACGCCGCCGCCGGCAACUCUGUCAGAGUCUGGGACGUAGGAAGAUUUGUAUCUACAGGGAAGCUGACUGGUCACCUGGGUCCAGUCAUGUGUCUGACUGUGGACCAGAGCGGGAACGGUCAGGAUCUGGUCAUCAGCGGCUCCAAGGACCAUUACAUCAAGAUGUUUGACGUGGCAGAGGGGGCCCUGGGUGCUAUUGGCCCCACACACAACUUUGAGCCUCCCCACUACGAUGGUAUCGAGUCCCUGGUGGUGCAGGGGGACGUCCUCUUCAGUGGCUCCAGGGACAACGGCAUUAAGAAGUGGGACCUAGCCCGCAAAGACCUACUGCAGCUAGUGCCCAAUGCCCACCGUGACUGGGUGUGUGCCCUGGGUGUGGUGCCUGGCUCUCCGGCCCUGCUGAGCGGCUGUAGAGGAGGGGUGCUCAAGCUUUGGCACACAGACACGCUGGGGGCCCUGGGGGAACUCAAGGGCCAUGAGAGCCCCAUCAACGGCAUCUCCACCAACAGCAGCCACCUCUUCACAGCAUCUGAUGAUCGAACAGUGAAGAUCUGGCGUGCCCGGGGGGGACUCGACAGCACCUUGGAGACAACGGCGGACACCACUGACGAGGUGGCCAAUAACUGAACAUGGCUGUGACCUCCCGUCGUGACCCUUAACCUUGGACGCUGCUGACUAGCACUUUUACCUCUGACCUUUCACCUUGGAAACCAUGGAAACCACCCCCCCAGCCCCCACAUAUUGUAACCAUGAAAACUGUGCAAGCAAGGAUUGGAAUCUUAUCUCAGCAAAAGUAGCUGUAGUCUUUCUCCAGAGUGAGAUAGAUGUAUCCUUAGGGAAAUGUAUCUAGUCUAACCUGCCUGGCAGUUGCACUGACUUGUGCAGAAUAAAUUAUCUGUUUGCUUGGUAGACAUCUUUCCCUCUCAGCUCAUAUUAAGUAUAUAGUAAGCCCACAAGGGUCAUAUUUAGACACACACACACACACACACACACACACACACACACACACACACACACACACACACACACACACACACACACACACAUAUAUAUAUAGAGGCAGAUUAGGGUCUUUCUGGGCUGGGGGAGUUAAUGAAGGUGAGUGGUGCGGAGAGGAGGAAAAGAGGAUGGGUGGGCCACUGGGCUCUGUAGCUGGCCACUGGGCUCUGUAGCUGGCCUACAAGACCUGGACCAGGUUCUCCAGUGGCACAGCAAAGGAACAGAAGCACUGUAAGCAGAACCACUGUCCCUCCUUAUCUGAUAUCAAUGUGGCUUUAUGUCAACUGACAAAUCACCGCACCCCCUUAAAUCACUGCUUGGUUUAAAUGUUAUUUUGCUUCGAAUUCAGCUCCCACUUAUUGUAGCUGACCAAAUUGUGAAACUUGUCUUACGCUUGUCAACUGGAUACACUAACUAACAAUACUCUUGUAACCACUUGGAAAACGCCUUCAGUCAGUCACCUUCUGUCUGCUAUCUUCGUCUUUACAUGUAAUCCUUACUGACUCUAUGUGCAAAUACAAUGUCUCUUUGAGGAUACACCGACUGUCUUCACUCACUCGUCCACUGCUCAUAAUUUAUAUCUAUGUAGUAAUGUACGAUUCUCCACUUAAUGCUGUUACCACACCCUCCCUCUAAAAGUUGUGAACUAACCUAACGCCUGUGCUGCUAAGUUGUUUGCUCACCUUUGACCCAUAGAGGUCUUCUGUUCUGGACCCCAGGUGAGGUCCACAUGGUAACCGUAGUUACGUACUGUAUAUAAUAAUGUAAAGCGUGAGGAGGAGAGGAGCCGUUUACCUGUGCCUGUACUGUAAGCCUCCUAUCCUGGUCCUGGAAGUCCCUCGUGUGUGGUGGUUGUAUCCUGUGUGCCACUUUUACUGCACAUUACAACUGCCAUAUUUGUGAUUGCUGUGAGCCAGGGCUGUGGUCAAUACCAUUUCAAUUCCAGCCAAUUCAGAAAGUAACACAAAUUAGAGAUGACAUUUUUGUGUACUUCCUAAAUUUACUAGAUUUGAAAUGGAAUUGACCCCAACUAUGGUGUAAGCUGAACUAACUGUCAAAUAAUUAAUUGUAUCUGCUGUCUGCUGGGACUAUUGAAUGUUAAAGGACAAGUAGCAGCAGCCAGCAACACAUGAUCUAUAUGUUAACAGUAUUGUAUGAUGAAAUCAACUGAAGGUUAGCAUUGUUGAUCACCAAAACUCGCUCCACAAGGGAAUCUGAGGACCAUAGUUCGGAGACGGUGUUCAAACAGCACUCUUAAUGCUUUUGAACAGAGCCUCUCUCCCUGACCCUGUGUCAGCCUGUUAUGUUUCCUGGUCUGAGUCUGAAAUUGCACCCUAUUGCCUAUAUAGUGCACUACUUUUGUACAUAGCACUAUGGACCCUGGUCAAAAGCUAGUGCAUUAUAUAGGGAAUAAGGUGCAAUUUCAGAUGCAGCCCUGAUUCUCUUGUUCUGUUAAACUGUAUGUAUUAAAACCAAUCCUGGGUUCCCCUCUGGGGUUUAACUGUAGAUGGCCCUCCCCAAAAUGUCUGACUCUGUACUGUAGCAGUUCUGAUGUCAGAUGCCUGGUGAAAUAAAUGUCAUCCUUCAAAAACCA